AUCUACCUUGUCUCGUGUCAUCUGGGCCCCACCCCUUCCUCUGGCUCCAUAGCCCUGGACACAGUACACAUGGCCCAGAGUCCCCUCCUGGAAGGGAAAUAAAAGGAACUGUUCGGGUUUCCAUGGCUGUGGUCAACACCGACAUCCCAGGACUCAGCCCUCGGAAUCCUCACUAUAUUCCAGGGUACACUGGACAUUGCCCACUGCUUCGGUACAGCAUGGGCCAGACCUACGGGCAGGUGACUGGUCAGCUCCUUCGAGGCCCUCCUGGCCUAGCCUGGCCUCCUGCUCACCGCAAGCUUCUGCCUCCCAUCCAGUCUCCAAGAUCUCCUGGGAUUUCCAGGGGAAGGCUACCUCCCAGGCGCGGGCAUGAAAGGCUCAGCUCCAGCAUAGUCCCUGGGUAUACAGGUUUUAUACCGCAGGCACAGUUCAUGUUUGCCAAGAACUGCAACCAGGUUUGGGCUGAAGCUAUGAAUAACUUUACACAAAGGCAGGGGCAGCAGGAGAGUCAUGAGCUGUCAAAGGAGGCCAGGGGAGGAAAAGAGGCUGAGAAAGACCAAGGACCCCAGGCAGAGGAGCCCGAGCUGAAGCAGGAGGUGGCCCAAACGUCCCCGUACUCCAUGGAUGACACAGAUCCCCAGAAAUUCUUCAUGUCAGGCUUCACUGGCUACGUGCCCCGUGCCCGCUUCCUCUUUGGCUCCAGCUUUCCCGUGCUCACCAACCAGGCACUGCAGGAAUUUGGGCAGAAGUGCUCAAAGGGCAGAGUGCAGAAGGAUCCCAAACCUCUUUCUCCGCUCCCCAGGCCCAACUUCCAGAACCUGGGUCUCCUUCCUCACUAUGGAGGCUAUGUGCCAGGGUAUAAGUUCCAGUUUGGUGGGACAUUUGGGCACCUCACCCAUGAUGCUCUGGGCCUCAGCACCACUCAGAAACAGCUCCUGGCUUAAGUACCAGGAUUUCAAGGUCUCUCUUUUUGUCCUAUCCUG